AUGGUCCUGGCAGUCCUAAUGGGACACAGAGCCUUCUUGCAAGCUUUCCGCGUGAAGGCAACGGGCCACAACAGUGUCUGUAGGCUGGCAGCGGCCUUCUCCUGCUCGAGACAGUAUGUUUUCCCCGGGAAAGUCUCGCCUUCUUCUCGCCUUAACGGUCCCGGAGCAGGGACCCGACACUACAGCUCGGACCCGAAGGAGGACCUGCGCGUCCGAUACCUGGACGGAGAAGACGCCGGUAUUGUUGUCGUUGGGAUAAAUCGACCCAAAGCGAAAAAUGCCAUAAGCAAAAAUCUGGUCAAGAUGAUGUUUGAGGCUGUGGAGGAUAUCAAGAAGAAUAAUAAAGUGCGCAGUGUAAUUCUAUGCAGUUUAGUUCCUGGGAUCUUCUGUGCAGGUGCAGACCUGAAGGAGAGGGCCAAGAUGCACCAGAGUGAAGUGGCACCGUUUGUGUCCAAAGCCAGAGCACUCAUCACGGAGCUGGGUAACCUGCCGGUACCAACGAUUGCUGCCAUUGAUGGAGCUGCCUUAGGAGGAGGCUUGGAAAUGGCCCUUGCUUGUGACAUCAGGAUUGCCUCCAAUACCGCCAAAAUGGGACUAGUUGAGACCAAACUUGCAAUUAUUCCUGGAGCAGGUGGGACCCAGCGUCUCCCCAGGGUGAUAAGUGUCUCUCUUGCUAAGGAGCUCAUCUUUGCUGCUCGGGUAGUGGACGGAGCAGAGGCGUGUCGACUGGGCCUUACCAAUCAUUCUGUGGAGCAGAAUAACAGUGGAGACGCUGCCUACAUGCGGGCUCUGGAGCUCGCCCGCGAGAUCAACCCUCAGGGUCCAAUUGCAAUAAGGAUGGCCAAACUGGCGAUCAACCAGGGCAUAGAGGUGGAUUUAUCUACUGGUCUGGCAAUUGAAGAAGCAUGCUAUGCCCAGGUGAUACCAACUAAAGAUCGAUUGGAGGGUUUGGCUGCAUUCAAGGAGAAGAGGCGUCCUCAGUUCAAGGGGGAGUGAAGCCCCACUACUUCCAGAAACAAUCCUGAGUUCUGCCUUCAGCUCUCCUACUACUCCACUGCUUCCAACAUGUUACGGGUGAAACUGGACACGUCGACACCCAGGGGACGUCUGUCAGACCGCAGGACAUUAGGGCCGCUCCUGGCUGGCGUUUUUACCAGGGACUCGAAUGUUCAAGUGUAAAGCACGUCCACCAAGCAAACUAACCAAUCAUUGGCCACUGCUUACAGUACUAAAAACGUACGUAACUAUCUCAACUGGCAAUCUAAAACAUCAAAUUAGAUCAAAUGGCUAUUGAUCUUUGCAUUAUGAUUGGUAGUUGGUCACUAACCUCUUUGACUUAUAAUCCAAUCAUCCAGCCACUGACAUGUCUGAAUGCUUCACAUAAAUGAUGCAUCAGAAAGAUCAUUGCCUCUCUCUUUUUUUACUUUGGUAGAAAUGUACCACUCUGUUCAUAACACUGAAUAACAGAGGUGUCUGCAUGAAAUCAUAAAACAGAAAAUAGUUUUGUCUCACUUGAAUAAUGUCCAGAGGGUGGAAUUUUGGAUUUUAAAGUUAUUACCACUAUGUGUAACAUUCGGUGCCUCUGCCUCCCUGUGCUAUUGACAAAAAAAAAGACACUGUGACCCAAGAUGAAUUGGCUGAUAACAAACGCCUAGCCUAAAUCUAGUAUCAAGUUUAGAUGGUUGUCUUUAAUCAUAGCAUUUUAGAUGUACAGUAGUGGCUUUAAGGACCACACAGGUUGUUACUGUGCCUCAAAACUAACCAGAGCUCCAUUACAUACAUAAUACAUUCUUCAAAUGAAAUCGGCAUGUUGCAAAAACAAAUGAUUUUGAGAAGAGCGCUUUUUUAAGAGCUUUCUACCACAUCUCAGUUAAAUUAGUGGAUGGUGCUUGUUAGAUUGACUCAAUUUGUAGCCUAAGUUAGCUCAUACUGAGACACUUCAUCAGGUCAUAGAGACCAUUACAUUUGGUUAAAAGCUUGAGAUCUUUCUCCGGACAUAUUUGAUAUUCAUUUAUUUUAUUUAUUUUUUGACAUCUUUUCUACAGAGCCCCCAACAUACAACACACACACACACACACACACACACACAGAGACACACAGACACACACAGCUUUUAUGAAACUGUUGAUGGAAGAUUGAGCCACAGUGGAGAUGAUUGUAUGUUAUGUUAGUAAGUGAAGUGGGACAGCCCACAGGGCAUCAGACCGUAUCCCACCGUUGUAAAUAAAACUUGAGUCUUCCCCUACAA